AUGGAACGUCAAGGAUUGAAUCAACCACCCAUGCUCUACAGUAUGGAUUUCGCUCAAUGGAAGCUUCAAAUGAGAUCCUUUAUAUAUGGUAUUGAUUUUCAUGCAUGGAGAAGCGUUGAACGUGGAUGGAAACCUCCAAUGAAAGAUGUUAAUUCAAAAGGUACUGAGGGGACAUCCAUUGGUGAAUUAAAAGAUGAAGACGAGUGGACUGAAAAAGAGAUUAAGGCUAGUGAAGGAAAUCACAAGGCUCUUAAUGCUCUAUAUGCGUCAAUGAGCAGAGAAGAAAGGAAAAGAGUUCAGAAUUGCGUUACAGCCAAACAGGUUUGGGAUAAACUUUGUGUUUUAAAUGAAGGUAAUGAUAUUGUAAAAGAACAAAGAUUACAACAAUAUUAUUCUGAAAUCGAUGCCUUAAAAAUGAGAGAUGAUGAAACUAUUGAUGAUUUUUAUAGUCGUUUUACUGAUCUCUCUAGUUUAUGUGAAAGCCUUGGAAGACCGUUACAAGAAUCUGAUAUUGUAAGAAAAAUAUUACGGUCUCUUCCAAAGUCUUACAGGAUGAAAAAGACAACGAUUCAGGAACAAUAUAAUCUCAACACAUAUUCUGUGGACUUAUUGAUUGGAAACUUGAAGGCUUGGGAGAUGGAGCUUGAAGAGGAUGAAAGACCGAAAGGUAUGAAUUCUAAAAAUAUUGCUUUAAGUGUUACAAAAAAUCCUAAAUCAAGCUCUGAGGAAGCUGAAAAUAAUGAACAGUUGAUUUUGGAAUUUGAAAAAUUUUUGAGUCAGAGAAAGUCAAAUUCAAAUGAACAAAAUAAUCAGAAUUCUAGGAGGAAUUUUAAUGGAAAUAAUAGGCGUUUUGAGAAACGUAAAGAUAAUUACUCACAAAAGAAGUAUGAGUAUGGAAGUAGUAGUAAUAAUAAUAAGAAGUGUUAUACUUGUGGUGGCAUUGGCCACGUUGCUACUAACUGUGGAAAUAAGAAAUUUGAUUCAGGUAAUAAGGCUUACAAGUCCUCUUGGAGUGAUGAUGAUGAUAGUUCCCCAAAAAGGGACAAAAUUUUUGCUCUUGUGUCUUCUUUCUCUUUAGAUUAUGCAGGUUCAAAAACUGAGGAUGAAAAGGAUCAAGAAGAAGAUGAAGAAAACAGCUAUGAGGAUAAUGAGAUGUUUGAAUAUCAAGCAAAAGUUAUCAAGGCUGCUGAGAAAAUAUCAGAAAAGAAUAUUCUAUUAAAGCAACAAGUGGAGAAGCUGGAAGGUGAAAAAAUAGAAUGGGAAGUAGAGAAACUGAACCUGAGAAAGAAAAGUGACAAUGGUGAUCAUGUGCUUGAAAGAAAACGGCUUCUAGCAAAAAUUCAAAUGCUCCAGGAUGAGGUAAUCGAAAAAGACAAUCUAAUUGAUUUAUUAAACUCUAAACUUAGCAAGUUGCAGAUUUUGCUUGAUGGAACAGAUAACAAGGUUGGAAAAUUUCAAAAUAGUUCGAAAUCGUUAUCUGACAUUUUGAGUUCAGGGAAGAGCUACAAUGAUAGAACCGGACUUGGAUAUACUGGCUCAAAGGCAAGUGACACAUAUAUUGGAGAACAUGAAAAAACUGAGAAUAUUCAGACUUCUUUCAAUUCAAAAGUGAUCAAGUCGAAUGACAUAUAUGAGAAAGAUAUUAAAGAUAUUCGAAGUAAGUUGGAACAACAUGGUCAGUUUUUACGUGAUAUUUCUCACUUUGUUGGUUUAUCUAAAUCUUAUAAAGAAACUAAGCAGGAUGUGAAAAAGACUCAAAGAUAUCCAGAUUAUGAAUCUGAUGAUAAAGAAACUAGAACUGUAAUUGACUUUAUAAAUGUAACUGCUGAUCAUUAUGUGGAUUUGUCUGAAUUAUCUGAUGAUGGGUUACCAAGAACUAAUAAUACAAAUGUGCAGUCACAGGGAGGAUCAAGAGAAGUUGAUAAAAGUUUACAACCUGCAACAAAAUUUUGUACAGUUUUUAAACAGGUUCAAAAAGAUAAUUCAACUAGAGAUGUCAUUGGAGAAGGCGUUCGGACCAGAGGAAGGACAAUGGAAAUUGCGUCACACAAAGGAGAAAACACAGAAAGCUCCGACACUGAAAAUGUGGAAAUUAACAAAGCUCUAGUAAGUUUUAUUAAAGAGAAAGUUAAAGGAACUAAUGUCUAA